GAUGAAGGGAAUCGCCAAGAGGAAAGCAUCUAGGAUAUGAAAAAGGAGGGUUUUUAAAGGAGACCGCACCGGUGCAAGGUCGAAUAUGAAAGACUGUUCGAACGGGGUGACACUUUGCUUGGUGAUAGCUGGUCGGCACUAGUACUAUGAUUUGGUAUGUGGCCACUCUGAUAGCAAGUGUAUUCAGCACCAGAGGAACGACCGCUCAAGGUGUCCACGGAUUGAGAGAGGAGCCCCGGUUUGUGACGGCGCGUGCCGGAGAGACCGUGAUCCUGGGGUGUGACGUGUCUCCCCCCCUGGACGGCCAGCAGCCGCCCUACGUGGUGGAGUGGUUCAAGUUCGGAGUGCCUAUCCCCUUCUUCAUCAACUUCCGCUACUACCCUCCCCAUGUGGACCCGGAGUACACAGCGUGCGUUCUGGCGGCUCCCCAGGUCCACGACGGCAGCGUGACGGUCCUGGCCAUCACCAGGGACGACCGCGGGGCCUACACCUGCCGUGCCCACAGCGACCAGGGAGAGGUGCUGCACACCACGCGCCUGCUGGUCCAAGGCCCUCCGUACAUCGUCUCUCCGCCAGAGAACAUCACUGUAAACAUUUCCCAGAAUGCCCUGUUUACGUGCCAGGCGGAGGCGUAUCCCGGCAACCUUACCUACACCUGGUUCUGGGAGGAAGACAACGUCUAUUUCAAGAACGACCUGAAGCUGAGGGUGAGGAUCCUGAUCGAUGGCACCCUCAUCAUCUUCCGGGUGAAGCCGGAAGACGCCGGGAAGUACACAUGCAGCCCGAGCAACAGCCUGGGAAUCUCGCCCUCCGCAUCAGCACACCUGACUGUUCAGUACCCGGCCAGAGUGGUCAACAUGCCACCGGUCAUCUACGUCCCCCGCAAACUGCCAGGGGUGAUCCGCUGCCCCGUGGACGCCAACCCCCCAGUCAUCUCCGUCAAGUGGGAGAAGGACGGCUACCCCCUCCGCGUGGAAAAGUUCCCCGGGUGGAGCCAGACGCCGGACGGAAGCAUCCGGGUGGCGGAGGCCACCGAAGACUCCCUGGGCACUUACACCUGCGUGCCUUACAACGCCCUGGGGACCAUGGGCAUGUCCCCCCCCGCCACUCUGGUGCUAAAGGAUCCGCCUUACUUUAAUGUGAGGCCAGGGGGGGAGUACCGCCAGGAGGCGGGGCGAGAACUGGUGAUCCCCUGUGCUGCUUCUGGAGACCCUGAGAUCCCAACCAUCACCUGGAGAAAGGUGGGGAAGCCCAGUAAGAGUAAGCACAACGUCCUGCCAAGUGGAAGCCUGCAGUUCCUGUCCCUCAGCAAGGAGGACCACGGCGAGUGGGAGUGCGUGGCCACCAACGUGGUCACCAGCAUCACUGCCAGCACACGACUGCUCGUCAUCGGCACCAGCCCCCACGCUCCGGGCAACAUCCACGUCCUGCCAUCCAUCACCUCCGCCAACGUGUCCUGGGAGCCCGGCUACGACGGGGGCUUCGAGCAGACGUUCUCCGUGUGGUACGGCCCAGUGUCCAAGAGGAUCGACUUCGGGCCCCACGACUGGCACUCCAUGCCGGUGUCGGGCUCCGGGACCUGGCUGGUGGUGACGGGGCUGGAGACCAGGACUGAGUACCAGUUCAGCGUGUUGGCCCAGAACAAGCUGGGCACCGGGCCCUUCAGCGAGGUGGUGACAGUCCACACCGCAGGCUCCCCGCUGAGCACCCCGGAGCCCCUGGUUCUCCUCACGCCACCACGGUGCCUCACCGCCAACCGUACCCAGCAUGGGGUGCUGCUCACCUGGCUGCCGCCCGCCAACCACUCGUCCCCUGUGGACCGCUACAUCGUGGAGUUCCGGCUGGGCGAGCGCUGGGAGGUGCUGGAGGACCUGAUCCCCGCCACCGAGACCGAGCUCAUCGCCCGCGACCUCAUUCAGGAGUCCUGGUAUGAGUUUCGGGUUAUGGCGGUCAUGGAUGACCUCAUCAGCGAGAGCUCCAACGUGGUGGGCGUGUCAAGCACCGACCUGUACGCCCCCGCGGAGACGGUGGACGAUGGUCUGGCUCGGCCCGUGGUCGCUGGCGUGGUCGCCACCAUCUGCUUCCUGGCCGCGGCGGUGCUCUUUAGCACGCUAGCCGCGUGCUUCGUCAACAAGCAGCACCGCCGCAAGCUGAAGCGUAAACCAGACCCGCCUUUGUCCGUGACACACUUCAGGAAAAGCAUCGAGUCACCGCCUCCUCUCACUCCCUUGCCAGGGGUAGAACCCUGCUGGGAUGAGCCUGCCAGGAGCAGUUACUUGCCCCCACCAGCCAGCCCCCUGCUCUCCUCAGGAAAGAUCAGUCCCGAGAGCUCCCCCCCGUCCAGGCCGCGGUCCCUCUCCUCGGACAGCUCCCACGGGCCGGGCCUCUACGUGCGCAAGCUGCCCAGCCCGCUGCGCGAGAAGGACAAGGAGCUGUCCUUCUACAAGAAGACCAAGCGCGCCAUCGCCAGCAAGAAGUACAGCGUGUCCAAGCACGAGGCGGAGGUGACCACGCCCAUCGAGCUCAUCAGCCGCGGGCCCGACGGCCGCUUCAUCAUGGACGCCAGCCCGCCGGCGCGCCGCAUCCAGGGCUUCCCCUUCGCCGAGGAGUCCGACAUGUACCCCGAGUUCCGGCAGUCGGACGAGGAGAACGACUUCGACCCGGGGCCCCUGCCCCCCAUCAUGCCCACGCUGCGGCCCCAGCUGUCCCCCACCUCCUCCAGCCUGGAGUCCACGCAGCCCCCCAACUACAGCCCCCGCCUGCACCGCGCCAUGGAAGGUAUGAGCUUCGCGGAGGGCGGCACGCUGCACGCUUCGGGGCAGGCGCCGGCCUCCCGCUACCGGGGCUUCCCGCAGGGCCCGUUCUACGGGUACCUCGGCAGCCGCGGCGAAUCAGGGAUCCCGCCGCCGUUCUACAUGCCCGACAUCAGCCCCCGCAGCUCGGCGCUGUCCUCCCCCCCGGGCACCGCCGACGGGGGGCCGUUCGGCUACCCCUCCAUCCCGGAGGAGAGCGGGGACAUGGAGCACCAUCAGUACACCGCCUCCGGCCACUCGCUCUCCCUCACGCACAGCCCCGUGCCCCGCUCGCCCGAGAGCUGGCAGCCUCAUGAGUUCCCCUUCCUGGGUCUAGAGGGUCCUCGCUUCAUCUACCCGCCGCACCAUCCCCUGCAUCACCCCCAGGACCUCCCAGACCCGCCCCCUUACCCGCCUCACUCGCUGCCCCCCAGCCGCCUGCACCUCCCGCCCAUGUCGGACCCCUCCAGCCCCGGACUCCUGCAGCUGGAGGUGCCCUCGGCCCCCCAGGGCCGAGACCGGCCCCCGGGGCCCCCGGUGAGGCGCUUAGCUAUGCAACAGGCCCAGAGUCUGGGCCAGCUCAGACACACGUCCCACGGUGUGGGCGUACCAGUGUUGCCUUACCCCGACCCGGUGGCGCGCGCUGGGAGCCCCAGCACGGCUCCCAGCAGCAGCCCGACGUCGUGGCUCAGCCCCAGGGCCUUGCGGCGGGCCGACCCCAGCCUGCCACCGCUGGUGCUCCAGCCGUCCCGCCUCUCGCCGCUGUCCCAGAGCCCGCUGAGCACCCAGCCGGGCUCCCCAGACAUCCUGGUGCGGCCGCCGCCCCGGCCGAGCAUCCUGCGCACCUCGCGCUCGCUGGAGAUGCCCGAGAUCACCCUGCGGCCCUCGGCCUCCGUCAGCUUCUCCCGGAGGUCCUCCCCCACCACCUCCCCCACGCAGGGCGCACGUCCGCCCGGCACGGGCUACCGCGGCACCCACAUGUCGUACGCCUCCACCGCCGCCAGCUACCCCUCCCAGUCCCCCUCCCCGCCUGCCGAGGGCAGGGACGUGUUCGGGCAGAGGCCGUCCCAGAGGAGGUCGGAGGAGGAGAUGCUGCCCUCCGAGCCCUCACAGCUCCAGUUAUCCGCCUCAGGGGAACCUCUAGGGGCGUCUGGGGAUUCUGCCGGGUCUGAGAAUUUACAAGAGCUUCUGCACCAGUGUAUCACUAAAGCCAAGGGAGAGGCGGCCAACAACAAUAACAACACCACUUCUCGAAGGAGAACAGGUGUGUCCCCUUCUCAGACCCUGCAGAACUCUCAGACGCCACUAGAGGGCGACACCGAUCCCCCUGUCCACAAAAAGGAAAAAAAGCAUCACAGGAGAAGCCCCUAUCUCUACCUGACCUCCCUGCUGCGGGGCAGGCGCUCUGACGAGGACCAGACGGGCAUUUUGGCCGGCACAGACUGCGAGGGUCAGAAUUAUGGAACUCUACCCUGAACCUACAGUUAAAAAAAUAAUAAAACAAGGCCUGACCUAU